AUGUUUGCCAGAACUUUCCGCGCGGCCCAGCCUCUCAAGAGGUCCGUCCGCCGCUAUGCCACCGAGGCCGGCGGCGCGGGCGGCUCCAACGCCAUCCUGUUCGCCGGCGGCGCUGCUGUCCUCGGCGGUGCCGCUUACUGGUACUUCAGCGGAGCCUCGUCGCCCGCUGCCGCCGCCGCGGACGUGAAGCAGGCGGUCGGUGCUGAGCCCAAGAAGGCCUUCACUGGCGGUGAUCAGGGUUUCCUCUCUCUCAAGCUCGCCGAGGUCGAGAUCGUCAACCACAACACCAAGCGCCUGCGCUUCGAGCUUCCUGAGCCCGACCAGGUCUCUGGUCUUCCUGUUGCUAGCGCCCUUCUCACCAAGUACAAGGGCCCCGAGGACGAGAAGGCCACUCUCCGACCUUAUACCCCCACCAGCGAUGAGGGCGAGAAGGGUUUCAUUGACUUCGUUAUCAAGAAGUACCCCAACGGCCCCAUGAGCACCCACAUCCACAACCUGGUUCCCGGCCAGCGCCUCGACAUCAAGGGCCCUCUGCCCAAGUACCAGUGGGAGGAGAACAAGCACACCCACAUCGCCCUCAUCGCCGGCGGUACCGGCAUCACCCCCAUGUACCAGCUCGCUCGCGCCAUCUUCAACAACCCCAACGACAAGACCAAGGUCACCCUCGUCUUCGGCAACGUCACCGAGGAGGACAUCCUCCUCAAGAAGCAGUUCGACGAGCUCGAGAACACCUACCCCCAGCGCUUCCGCGCUUUCUACGUGCUCGACAACCCUCCCAAGGAGUGGGUCGGCAACAAGGGCUACAUCACCAAGGAGCUCCUCAAGACUGUCCUCCCCGAGCCCAAGGAGGAGAACAUCAAGCUGUUUGUCUGCGGCCCUCCCGGCCUGAUGAAGGCCAUCUCGGGCAACAAGGUCAGCCCCAAGGACCAGGGCGAGCUGACCGGCUCCCUCAAGGAGCUCGGCUACUCGCAGGAGCAGGUGUACAAGUUCUAA